CUAGGCUUGCAAGGCAGAGGUGGCAGUGGUGGCGCUCGCCUGUGGUCUCAGUUCUGCUUGCGACUUUGGCACUAUGGAGGGGACCCAGGAAGCUCCGAGUGGGAAAAUGCGGCUCCUCUUCACCCCUGCUGCUCGGACCAGCCUCCUAAUGCUGAGGCUCAACGAGGCGGCGCUGCGGGCACUGCAAGAGUGUCAGCAGCAACAGGUACGGCCAGUGAUCGCUUUCCAAGGCCACCGAGGGUAUCUAAGGCUCCCAGGCCCUGGAUGGUCCUGCCUUUUCUCCUUCAUAGUAUCCCAGUGUGGCCAAGAGGGCACUAGUGGUGGCUUGGACCUUGUGUACCAACGCUUAGGCAGAACUGGGUCUAACUGUCUCCACUGCCUGGGCCCACUUAGAGAGCGACUCACUAUUUGGGCAGCCAUGGAUACUAUCCCAGCUCCACUGUUAGCUCAGGAACACCUGACUGAAGACACCAGAGAGCCGGACAAUUGGCAGGACACAGAUGAGCCCGAAGGCCAUCCUCAGAUGGCACUAGAAGAGAUGUCUGACCCAUUGGCAAGCAACUAUGGACAGUCACUCCCAGGGUCUUCCAGUGAGCCCGUGGCAGCAUGGGAAGAGAGGAACCACACCUAUCUUCCAAACAGAGAACCUGACCAGCCACUGGCUUCCCCUGCUAGCCAGAAACGCCUGGACAAGAAACGUUCAGCACCCACAACCACUGAAGAGCCAGAGGAAAAGAGGCUCAGAGCUCUGCCUCUAGCUCCAAGUCCACUACAAGGGCUAUCGGAUCAGGACGCACAAGAGGGAGAAAACUGGGGGCCAGAUGAAGAUAGAGACUCCAGACUGGAGCAGAGCCUCUCAGGCCAAGCAGCCUCUGAAUCCCCAAGCCCUGAGGUACCAGAUUAUCUCCUGCAAUACGGAGCCAUCCACAAUGCGGAGCAGCAACAGGCCUAUGAGCAGGACUUUGAGACGGACUAUGCUGAAUACCGCAUCCUGCACGCCCGCAUAGGGGCUGCAAGCCAGAGGUUCACAGAGCUGGGGGCAGAGAUCAAGAGACUCCAGCGAGGAACUCCAGAACACAAGAUGCUGGAGGAGAAGAUAGUCCAGGAGUACAGAAAGUUCAGGAAGGGUGCUUUUUCUCUGCAGCGGUAUCCAAGCUAUAGAGAAGAGAGGCACCGCUGUGAGUACCUGCACCAGAAACUGUCGCACAUUAAAGGUCUCAUCCUGGAAUUUGAGGAAAAGAACAGGGGCAGCUGAAACUACCCAGAGGGCUCCAGAGCCCACAAC